AACAGCGCCACCAUGUGGAAAAGGCAGAAAGCAUCCGAGAUGCCCGCCGGGCAUGGUUUUCCAGCCACGGCCAAUGGAACAGUGGCAAUCAAAAAAAAGUCCAGAGUUCCGGGUGUCAUGAUCACACAGUUUGUGGAGGAGCUUCCAGAAGGAAAAAGUACCCCGGACUUCACCCGCAAACCCAUCGCCUUAACUAUUCAGGAGGGUAAAUUAGCCAUCUUCAAAGCGAGCGUUACUGGGGAUCCUAAACCAACAGUAACGUGGGCGAGAAACAAGGGAGACAUGGAGGACCCCGGGAAAUACCAGCAUGUAUAUGACGAAGUGGCUGAUGAGUACACCAUACAGAUCCCCAACGUAUCACCAGACCAAGCAGACACCUACAAAUGCUUUGCAACCAAUGAGUUUGGAAAAGCAAUCUGCACUGCCACACUGAAUGUUAUUAAAGUUGCAUUUCAGAUGACAGGGAAAGAAGAAGCUACUAAAGAGGACCCAGCAGAGUUCAGAAAAAUUCUGAAGACACGGGCCGUGAGACCCAAACCGGAGCCAAGGAAGGAUGGAGAAGUAGACCCAAAAUUCUGGGAAAUUUUGCUGAGUUCGGAAAAAAAAGACUACGAACGCAUCUGUGCUGAGUUUGGCGUCACCAACUUCCGCUGGAUGCUGACGAAGCUGAACCAGAUAAAAAAGCAGAGAGAGAAAGAGCAAGCGGAGUUUAUCGAGAACCUUUCUAAGCUGAAACAUAUCGAGAUCAAACCAAACGGUUUGGCGCAGUUUGAAUUCACAAUGGAUCUAAAGAACCCCCACAGUCAAAUACUCCUCUACAAGGACGGUGAAAUGAUUCUUGUCAGCAGUGAUGAGGACUCCAAGCAUCACCUCAAGAAAACGGGCAGGAAAUACACGUUCAGCAUCAAGGAUCUGACCCUGAGCGACGCUGGGCUGUACCAAGUUUACGUUGAGGAUGCCACCAUCUUCUCCACUGACUUUAAGAUCACCCCCGUUGAGUUCAUCGUCAAAAUACAGGAAGUGAAGGCGAAAGAGAGAGAGGACGCCGCCUUCGAGUGCGUCCUCUCUCACCCCUUUCCAAAGAUCCUGUGGAUGGGCAAGAACAAGCCCCUGGAACAAGGGGACAAGUAUGACAUCACGGUGUCCGAGGACAAGCUCACCCACAGGCUGGUGGUGAAGGACUGCAUGCUGGUGGACAAGGGGAUCUACGCAGCUGUGGCUGGAAUCAAAUCCUGCAGCGCCUGGCUUGUAGUAGAAGGUGACACUGACCCAAGCAUGCGCGGCAAAAAGAAAGUCCGGAAAACCACCUGUGCAGUCGGGGCCAAGGCCCCCGUGGAGGAGAAGCUACCAGCCAAGGAGGAGCCGAAGCCGGAGCCUGUGGCCAUGGCCGAGGUGGUCAAUGCGGGCAGCGGAGAGGGAGGAGCUGGGGACGGAUCGGGACUGGGGGACGGACCAGAGCUGAACGACACAGGGGGUGAUGGACUGGGGGUGUCCGACGGAACAGAGGAGGAGAAGAAAAGCACCAGAACUGGCCCACUAGUUGCAGACGUGGUCAUAUCUCCGGGUGCUCACUUCAUCAGUGGUUUACAAGACACCAGUACCACAAAGGGCCAGACAGUGGAGCUGGUCUGUGAGCUCAGCACCGACAACAGCACCGGCUCCUGGUACAAAGACGGGAAGCUGCUGUCCCCCGGCGAUGGAUUUACAGUACAGAAGGACGGAGCCUUCCACAAACUGAUCAUCAGUAACUGCCAGGAGGACCACGCAGGGAAAUACAGAUUUGAGGUCGACGGACGAAUAUCGGAAGCGAUGCUCGUUGUUCAAGACCCUCCCAGAUUUGAUGCCGAUGCUCUGGCUGAAUUCUCAAAGCCUGUUGUCGUGAGAGCUGGUGAGAAAGCGACCUUCAAGAUGACCUUUGUGGGACGCGACCCAAUGAAGGUCCAGUGGUACAUGGAGGACGAGGAGCAGCUGGAUGGCGGAAACACAAAGGUUGAGAUAACGUCCCAGCAGAGUCGAUUACUUCGUAGCAAGUGCCAGCGCAAAGACAGCGGAGAGGUCAAGAUCAAGAUCAAGAACGAGUUUGGCACCAUCGAGGCUAAAUCCAGACUUAUUGUCUUGGACAAGCCGACCCCGCCGCAGGGCCCAGCGGACGUGCUGGAAAGCUCCGCCCACUGCAUCGAGUUCAAGUGGAGGCCCCCGAAGGACGACGGCGGCUCCCCCGUGACCGGCUACGUCCUAGAGCGUCAGCAGGUGGGACGCAACGCCUGGAAGAAGGUCGGGGAAGUCCCCGGGGACCCGCCGCUCUACAGGGACGCGGACGUGGCGCACGGCAGGAAGUACCGCUACCGGGUGAGGGCGGUCACGGCAGAGGGCGUGAGCGAAGCCAUGGAGACCGAUGACAUCACGGCUGGAACCAAGGCAUAUCCGGGUCCACCAGCCGCACCCAAAGUGGUCAGUGCUUUCAAGGACUGCAUUAAUCUCCAAUGGGUCGCCCCAACCAACACCGGAGGAACUGCCAUUGUGGGCUACAACCUGGAGAAACGCAAGAAGGGCAGCAACCUCUGGAGUCUAGUCAACCCGCCGGACGAACCCAUUAAAGAGAAAAAGUACGCCGUCAAAGAGGUCAUCGAGGGAAUGGAGUACGAGUUCCGGGUGUCCGCGAUAAACUUUUCUGGGGCAGGGGAACCUAGCCCCCCUUCGGAGAUCGUAAUCGCAAGAGACCCCAAAAAGCCCCCAGGAAAAGUUUUGGACCUGAAAGUGACAGACUCCACCUACAGCACCUUGUGCCUGGCCUGGUCUAAGCCUGGUGUAGAAGAGGGAGUCCAAGAUGAAGCCAAAGGCUAUUUUGUGGAGAUUAGGCCAGUGGAGAGCCAAGAUUGGCAUCGCUGCAAUGCCAAUGCCAUCAUAAUGACCACGUACACUGUGAAGGGUCUGAAGGCCAUGGCCAUGUACUGGGUCAGGGUGAUCGCCACCAACGAGGGGGGAGAGGGGGACCCCCAAGAACUGGAUAACUACAUCAUCGCCAUGCCUCCCCCUGUGAGGCCAAGGUUCACAGAUUCAAACAUGGAGACUUUAAUGGUGGUCCGAGUUGGAAAUUCUGUGAGAGUCAAAAUCAACUUUGAGGCCUCCCCGAUGCCAGACAUAACUUGGCUGAAGGACGGGAAGCCCGUGUCCAAACGGAUAACCGUUAGCAAUACCGAGAGAGGAUCCCUGCUCCUGAUUCCCACAUCGGAGCAUUCUGACACAGGCGUCUACACCAUCAUAGUCAAGAACAUAGUCGGCCAGGAAACCUUCAGCAUUGAGAUCAGAGUCACAGAUGAGCCCAAACCCCCGGGGCCCGUGGAGCUGGAGCAGAACGUGGCCGGCACCGUGACGUUGUCAUGGACACCGUCCCCGGACGAGAAGCGCGACGACCGGCUCCACUACGCGGUGUCCAAGCGCGACCCGGUCAAACGGGCCUGGGAGACCGUGGCCGACCGCCUCUUCAACAACAAGUGCACCGUCUGCAACAUCGUCCCCGGCCAGGAGUACUACUUCAGAGUCUGCGCCAAGAAUGACGUGGGCCUCUCCAUGCCUUCCAGAUCGCCAGUUUGGAGGGACGAGAAGACCAGAGAGAAGUUCACCAUCGUCAUUCCCUCGUCUGAGGCCUGUAACCCAGAGACCCCGCCAUCCUUCCUGGUCCCUCUGAAGAUGCACGCCGCGGCCCAAGGCUACGAGUGCUACAUGAGCUGUGCCGUGCGGGGCGACCCCGCGCCCCACGUCACAUGGUACAGGGACAACGUCAGCCUCAACACCAACACCAACUACUACAUCACCAACACCUGCGGCGUGUGCUCCAUGCUCAUCCUCAGGGUCGGGCCCAAGGACACGGGGGAGUACAAAGUCAUCGCGGAAAACCCGCUGGGCCGAGCAGAGUGCUCCACCAAGCUCACCGUCAGAGAGUAGAAAGCAGCAAGAAUGUCGGGCAAGGUGACACGGCCCGCCGUUCACACUUCAGGCCUUAAUUAGGAUGCAUUAUGGGCCUUCACUGAAAACAGCGCAUUCACCAACAACACAUUUACCCCCGUUGGUCUUGAAGCUGGAAGGAUGAAAGAAAGGCAUGAUGUCAUCGUCUCAUUUUUAACUUGUCUAGCUUGCGCAUGAGAGAUUUUCUGUUUCCUUUGGCUUCUCUUUCAACAGACUGUGUAAAGCAACCACAUUUUUAACAGACAGUUGUGACAGUGUGUGUGAGAUCAUCAAAGGUUGAUCUUCAUGACCACUUCUACCGGUUGACAAAUAUAUCACUGACACCAACUUCAUGUACUGCACUGAUAUCAUCACUGUGAGAAGUUCUGAUGAGGCUAAAAUCACCAAGCUUGUAAUGUGAUACCUAAAUACAUUAGGAAAAUAAACGAUGAAGUGGGCAUAACUGUACUUUUUGUCUUAUUUAAAAUAACUGUGUUGUUACAGCGCUAAAGAAAGGUUAGGUCUAUGAAUUGCAGCAUUUUAUUGUGUGCGUUAAUCUCACUGCUAAAUCUGUACGGAUGACUAUCCGCUCAUGGAAGUGCAAUAAA